UUUAUGUAAAGAGAAAUCCAUCGUGAAGAAUUAACGAAUUUUUCUCACUAAAUGAUUAUUGUUAAUGAAUUUUGUUAAAUAAAUACUUCACUAAAUGUUGUUGUGUUUGUUACGAUUUAAAGAACUAAUAAUGAAAAUCAAAGGAUAUAAAAUAAGUUUUUUAUCAUUAACUUUAAAUCUUUUGUUCAAUGUAUAAAAUUAGCUUUAUUCUAUUCAUAAACAAUGAAAUCAUUGUACAGCGGCUUACUAAAAUUUAAUAAAAACUAAACUGUACGUAUUGCAAAGAUUAUGAAAUUUUUACCAAAGAAUUAUCUUCUAACGAAAUAAAAACCUUCGCAAAAUAUUCAUUUCUGAAAUCAGUCUUAAGUACAUCUAACUUUCAAUUCACGCAUUUAAUUAUGUUAAAUAGGAUUUCAGGCUACAAUAACUACUUAAAAAAACGCGACGGAUAUCCGGAAGAAAAACAUUCGGAGCAAAGGUCAAUUCCAUACGAAAAAAGCGCUAUUCGUGGAUAUGCGCUCCAAAAGAGGAUAGAAGAGGAAAGGAUGGACCAGGUGGCUGCAGAUGACGCAGAACUAGACGAUUGGGCGAGAACUUUGAGGAAAAGCAAAAGAGGAGGCCGUGGCCAAGCCGAAGGAAGAUGCUUUUACUGUUCAGAAAGCUCCGCCCGAUUUUCAGAGGCGUCUCAAAUCUCCCUCUUCCCUGCCAAUGUUCCUUUUCUUUUCUCUUUCUUACGUUUCCUCUCAGCAUCCUUCUCUUCGUCCUCCUCUUCGUCCUCCUCUUCUUGGCUAACAGUUUUGACGUACAAUUAGUUUCGCGCGAGCGUCGCGAGCUAUCGUGGCAUUCCAAUAAUACAGAUCGAAGAAAAAAUCAAACUCGUCGGAAGAAAGACAAAGAAAAUGCCACGCAAGCGACGCGCUUCGACGCCGACGUUGGAAGCCGAUGAAGAGGAAUUCGUUUCGGAAGAAAAGUAUAGUAAAGACGAUUUGGACAGUCGUGCGCCAAGAAACGCGGCGAACGCGAGGGAACGGGCUCGGAUGAGAGUACUCAGCAAGGCGUUUUGUAGAUUAAAGACAACUUUACCUUGGGUACCAGCUGAUACGAAGCUCAGCAAAUUGGAUACCCUUCGUUUAGCAGCUACUUACAUUGCUCAUCUUCGAGCGGUUCUGCGAGAUGACGGGGAUGCGCACUCGGAGACUACCAGAUCCUUAUCUUUGGCGUUGUCUUGGCCGUUUGCUCUUCAAGGUGGGAACGCUUCUAUGUUGAUGAACAACAGUUGCAACGUAUCAUCGUCAACGUCAUCUAGUUCUAAUCAGUACCGCGGUCAGCAAGGAAACCAUGAGAUACAGAAUUUCCAUCAUUCUGGACAUCAGAGCGUGUCACUACGUCAUAAUCACGAGCCACAACUUUCCUAUUUCUAAUACAUCUGUCAGUGAAGACAUUAAAGAGAAUAUCGUGAGAAAUAAAAGAAGAACGUUUUGCUCGCCAACGAGAAGUUUCUUCGUUCACAAAAGUACUAAUAAUCGAGAAAAUCUAUUUAUUGCAGGGUGCCUUAUUAUUCUGCUAUUUAUUUAUCUACUCAUGUAUGUUUGAAAAUCGAUUAUUAUAAUAUCUAGAUAUCGUAAAUAUCAUUGUAACCAAAGCAUAAGUGCUAGUCCAAUAAAUUAUUUCUAUAAAUUAUAAACCGCGAUGAUUAUAUAUUUUUAAACUUCUUCUCCCGUAAUUAAUUUAUUUAACUUGGAAAUGAAAAUCUGAGACGUAAUUUUAUUAGUAAAUACGUGAUUAUGAUGAUAUUUUACGAUUAACUUAACAAACGUGUAAAAGUUGGAGAAUUUUUAUGCCAGU